CAUUUUUUGCACUUUUUAAUUGCAGAAAGAAGAGUUCCAGGUCUGCUCAAGAGAGAAAGUAUAAAUUGAAUAUAUCAAUAUAUUGUCAUUGAUUAGGGAUUUUUGUGCAUCCCUACUGUGCAAACAGAGGGUUAACUUGAUAUUGCAUAGUUUUGAUUACAUGUGAGUGGGAUCUCAUCACACCAGAUCACAAGAUGAACAUCAGAUGUGCAAAGAUGUGGAUGCAUAGUAUGUGGGAAUAUUUCUUAUUGCAGCCAGAGGAUCUGAUGAACAUGCAGCACUGCAACCUCCUCUGUCUACCUGAGAAUUAUCAGAUGAAGUAUUACUUCUAUCAUGGAUUAUCUUGGCCACAGUUGAGCUAUGUGGCAGAAGAUGAGAAAGGAACAAUUGUAGGUUAUGUCCUUGCCAAGAUGGAGGAAGAUAGUGAUGAUUCUGAUCCCCAUGGUCACAUUACUUCCCUGGCUGUCAAGCGUUCUCACAGGCGCCUUGGUUUGGCACAAAAACUGAUGGAUCAGACUGCACGUGCAAUGGUGGAAUGUUUCAAUGCCAAGUAUGUCUCUCUACAUGUCCGCAAGAGCAACAGGGCGGCCUUAAACCUCUACACAAAUACCCUGAAUUUCUCGAUAUCAGAAAUUGAACCAAAAUACUAUGCAGAUGGAGAGGAUGCCUAUGCAAUGAGAAGGGAUCUAGUAUCCUUUGCCAUACAGAGCAGUAUCACCCCGGCUGACAAGACCACAUUCUUCAGUGUGAAGGGCUCUGAGGAUAAAAAGAAACGAGAAGAAGAACGUAGAGACUAUGAUUGAUAGUGUUUUGUGAGCCUCCUUUUCACAUUUUGCCUGUGACAUAUGGAGUGAUUGCAUUAAAGGCUUUUUUUUUCCCAA